AGCUCUUCAGUGACAGCACAAUGUUGACUCAGACAGCUAAGAUGAAUUUUGUGCCAUCUGGAAUUGCAGCAUUUGAAAUAAGUGAACCAAAAAGCCAGAAAAGGUGUUCCAAAAGCUGCAAAUGGACCUUUGUUAUAGUGUACCUGAUUAUGCUCACUGCAGGCUUCGGAAUGCUGGCUUAUACAGUCUAUCAGAUGCACAAACAGAUCGAUCAGAUAUAUGAAAUCAACCUCCCUUUAACGGAAAAACUGGUGAGUCAUUUUCCCAAUGGAACAGGACAGAUGAAGACUUUUUUGGAAACAAACUUCCAGAGAGGGGAAGGAAGCUGGGUCAGAAAUGUAAAGGAAGAAAUCCACAUAAUCAAGCUGAGCAACCAACAACUGCAACUGAAAAUCGACAACAUUACAGAACAAUUUGAAGGCAAAAGUAUUCCAGGACCUCCAGGUCCCAAAGGAGAAAGAGGAGUUCCAGGAGCAAAAGGUGACCAAGGCAAUAAAGGUGAUAAAGGAGACCCUGGCCUAAAAGGAAACAAAGGGGAUCAAGGACCAAAGGGUGUUGGACUUCCAGGACCAAAAGGAGACAAUGGAACUCCAGGAAUGAGAGGACCUCCUGGUGUCCAGGGAGAAAAGGGAACAGCAGGACCAAAAGGAACCAAAGGAGACCAAGGUCUUUCAGGUGAAAAGGGAGAAGCAAAUCAUCAUGUGCUUACUGGACCAAAAGGUGAACCAGGAAUGAAAGGAGAAAUGGGAUCUCAAGGCUUUUCAGGAAUUCAAGGAAAACCUGGUGAAAAAGGAAAUGUGGGGCCACAAGGACUGGCUGGUGCUGCAGGGCAGAAGGGUGACAGAGGAGAUCGAGGCGAUCAGGGGCUUCUAGGACCAAAAGGAAAUCAAGGGGAAAAGGGUAACAAAGGAGAUUCUGGCCUCCAAGGAACACAAGGGCUGAAGGGAGAUCAAGGCGCUUCAGGCUCCAGAGGUCUGCCUGGAGAAAAAGGAAGUACAGGAAGCCCUGGGUAUCCUGGACAGAAAGGUGAACCAGGAGAAAAAGGAGAAAGGGGCUUUGCAGGACCUAAAGGAUCCACUGGGACAGAAGGGCCCAAAGGUGAAAAGGGUGCUUCAGCACCAGAAAGAAAUCCCAACAUCAGACUUGUCGGAGGACUUCAUCGGGGCCGUGUUGAAAUUCUGCAUGCUGGGCUGUGGGGUACAAUAUGCGAUGAUAGCUGGGACAAAAGUGACGGACUGGUGGUUUGCCGAAUGCUGGGAUACUCUGGGGUGGUCUCUACUUUUUCCGCAGCUGCAGGCACUGGAAAAAUCUGGCUGGAUGAAGUGAACUGUUCAGGAACAGAAUCCUCCAUUGAGAUAUGCAGCAAAUCUAGCUGGGGUGUACACAACUGCAAUCAUAACGAAGACGCUGGUGUAGAAUGUUCCUGAGGACAGAUUGUACUGUAUUGAUGCCUGUCAAAGAAUAUUACUCAAUGAAAUGCUUCUGCACUGGAUUCAGUAUGACUGGGACUUGUAUUUCUGGACUAGUUACACAGUGUGUGUUUUUAAUGCCACUUUACCAAUAGACCCCUGCAACAUCUUUAAUGCACAGAGUAUAUCUGUCAAACAUUGAUGUAUUUUAAAAAAUGAAUAAUGAAAAUGAUUUGAAAAUAAGCCUUGCUGGGUCUGCAAUCUGAACUUGUAAAGCAAGUUUAUUUUGUUGGAUAUUAAGAUAACGAAGUAUUUAUCUUUGAUGGAAUGUAUGCUGUGGACACACCUUUAGAGAGCAAGUGGGACUUUGAAAACUAUUCAUGGUCGUUGUCCUGUAUAUCUUUAUAAAAGCUAAUCGUUU